CACUUUACAGUAUGGGUUGCACAGACUAGUCGAUUUGUCGGCUUUACCGCUCUGUGAUGACACUUUAAACUUGACCUGGACUAGUCGCUGAUCACGUGAUUAUGACACUAACAACAUGGACGCCUCCGAGAAAACAACAGCGGUGGCUACUGGCUUCGACUGGGACACCUACCUCACGGAGAAUGGCUUCGAUGCCGCCCCCGUCACCUGCUUCAGACACGUACCGCUUUACUCCCAGUGGGAUGAUGUGACGGUGGGGCUGAAGGUGGAAGUCCUGGACAGCGAUGCCGUACUGCCCAGCAAGGUCUACUGGAUUGCCUCCAUCAUCUGUCUCGCAGGUUACAAGGCCCUCCUGCGCUAUGAGGGCUUUGAAGAUGAUUCCAGCCAUGACUUCUGGUGCAACCUGGGCACUGUGGACAUUCACCCCAUUGGCUGGUGUGCUGUCAACGGCAAACUGCUCGUGCCUCCUCAGUCCGUCCACCAACGCAUCAAAAACUGGAAGAAGUACCUGAUGAACCGGCUGGUGGGAGCGCACACCUUGCCUGUCGACUUCUACAUCAAGAUGGCAGAGAGCAUGAAGUACCCGUUCCGGCAAGGCAUGCACGUGGAGGUGGUGGACCGCACGCUGGUGAGCCGCACGCGCACUGCUGUGGUGGACACGGUGAUUGGCGGCCGUCUGCGGCUGCUCUACGAGGACGCAGGGCUGGAGGCUGGCGGCGAGGCACUUUCCGACUUCUGGUGCCACAUGUGGAGCCCGCUGUUGCACCCCGUAGGCUGGUCCUGCAAGGUGGGCCAUGUUAUCAAGAGCAGCGACAAGCGCGUGGACAUGAGCAGCCACCCAACUUUCCGCAAGAUCUACUGCGACAGCGUCCCCCACCUCUUCAAAAAGGUCCGGACUGUGUAUAUGGAGGGGGGCUUCUUUCAGGAGGGGAUGAAGUUGGAGGCCAUUGACCCUCUCAACCUGGGCAACAUCUGUGUGGCAACUGUGCGCAAGGUACUGCUGGAUGGAUACCUGAUGGUGGGUCUCGACGGGGUGGAGACAGAGGACGGCUGGUUCUGCUACCAUGCAUCCUCCCACGCCAUACUGCCUGUGGGCUUCUGUGAGAAGAACCAGAUCCCCCUCACGCUGCCCGCUGGUUAUGACCGGGUGACCUUCACCUGGCCCAAAUACUUGGAGGAGACUGGAGCCAUCGCUGCACCGGCGAGACUUUUCAACACAGACUGCCCCGGCCACGGCUUUGCCCCAGGGAUGAAGCUGGAGGCAGUGGACCUGAUGGAGCCGCGGCUCGUGUGUGUAGCCACCGUGAGGCGCUGUGCCGGCCGCCUGCUUCUGCUGCACUUUGAUGGCUGGGAGCCCGAGUUUGACCAAUGGGUCGACUACCAGUCCCCCGACAUCUACCCCGUGGGCUGGUGUGAAAUCACGGGCUACCAGCUACAGCCCCCCAUUGCCUCCGAACCUGCACCAAGAGAAGAAGCGCCCAAGAAACCCAAACUCCUGGGUAAAAAAACCUCUCAUCCUCGUCACCACUCUCAUGCCAUUCCAGAGAAGAAGAUGGUGAAGAAGAAACUGGCUAACCUCAUCUCCAAAAACUUACCCCCACCUCGAGCGCGCCAGCGUUCUCCAGGCAGUGACCCGUCUCUCAAAGCAGAGGAACUGGGAGAUGACAGCAGCUGAAUCCGUCCCCACAGACUUGGAUCUGGAGGGACAUGGGCCUCCUUAGCAACCGUUUUGAUGUGAUCUGCCAGUGAGUUAAUAUGUUCCGAAUUGUCCGGGAUAUAUGUGCAACAUUCCUUACUGACUACUGUGCAGGUACCUACCUCCCCAAGCAGCUAGAAGGUAAUCUAAGGCUAAUCUGUUCUGCAAGGCCACUGUAUGUAAGGCUACCAUUUCUGUGGAAAACGUGCCUAGGGAAUCUGUGGUGUCGUUUGCCAGUUUUUCCAGGGCAGGUAAAAGAAAAUUAAUGGAGUGUCCUGUUCUAAUGGCACCAUAAUAAGGUAACAUUCCUGAAAGAACAAGUUGCCCUUCAUUAAAACCAUAAUUGGCCUUUUUCUCAUCAGCUGUACUCUUUUAGCUCUCGCAUGCCAUGGAUGUGUGUCUAACUUUCUGACAUGGGGAACUACAUAGCCUAAGUAGCAUGAGCCUGACCACUUA